UUAUUAUCUUUUUACCUGACUUAGUCUUCUGGAGAGAGUCUGGGCCGGGCCCAUUGUCCUUUCAGGACCCCUCAUUUGGGAGUGUUGGGACCCGCCGCCAGCCGGCCAGGUACGGAAGCCCCGUGGACACGCCCACGCCAGGGGCCGGCUCUCCUCCCUCCUCCCCGCAGCUCACAGGUUCCCACCCCGCGGCGCGGCGGGCCGGCUCCUCCCGGCCUCCGCCCCGCCAGUCGCGGGCGCGGGGGACGUCAGUGCUGCCAGCGUGGAGACCGCGGUGGGGCGCGGGAGGCGGAAGUCGUGCUCGGGACCGCCGGGCCUCCAUCGGGCUCCGCCGCCGCCGCCUCAGCCAUGGACGCGUCCCUGGAGAAGAUAGCAGACCCUACAUUGGCUGAAAUGGGAAAAAACUUGAAGGAGGCAAUGAAGAUGCUAGAGGAUACUCAAAGAAGGACAGAGGAAGAAAAUGGAAAGAAGCUCGUGUCAGGGGAUAUUCCAGGGCCACUCCAAGGCAGUGGGCAAGAUAUGGUAAGCAUUCUCCAGUUGGUUCAGAAUCUGAUGCAUGGAGAUGAAGAUGAGGAACCCCAGAGCACUCGAAUCCAGAACAUUGGAGAACAAGGUCAUAUAGCUUUGUUAGGUCACAGUCUGGGAGCUUAUAUUUCCACUCUGGACAAAGAGAAGCUGCGAAAACUUACAACCAGGAUACUUUCAGACACUACAUUGUGGCUAUGCAGAAUUUUCCGAUAUGAAAAUGGCUGUGCUUAUUUCCAUGAUGAAGAAAGAGAAGGACUUGCAAAGAUCUGUAGGCUUGCCAUUCAUUCUCGUUAUGAAGACUUUGUAGUGAAUGGAUUCAAUGUGUUAUAUAACAAGAAACCUGUCAUAUAUCUUAGUGCUGCUGCUAGACCUGGCCUGGGCCAAUACCUUUGUAAUCAGCUCGGCUUGCCCUUCCCAUGCUUGUGCCGUGUACCCUGUAACACUAUGUUUGGAUCCCAGCAUCAAAUGGAUAUUGCCUUCCUGGAGAAACUGAUUAAAGGAGAUAUAGAGGAAGGAAAACUGCCCCUGUUGCUUGUUGCAAAUGCUGGAACUGCAGCAGUAGGGCACACUGAUAAAAUUGGACGUUUGAAAGAACUCUGUGAGAAAUAUGACAUAUGGCUCCAUGUGGAGGGUGUGAAUCUGGCAACAUUGGCUCUAGGUUAUGUCUCCUCGUCAGUACUGGCUGCAACCAAAUGUGAUAGCAUGACAUUGACUCCUGGUCCCUGGCUGGGCUUGCCAGCUGUUCCUGCAGUUACACUUUAUAAACAUGAUGACCCUGCACUGACUUUAAUUGCAGGUCUUACAUCAAAUAAGCCAGCAGACAAACUCCGUGCCCUUCCACUGUGGUUGGCUUUACAGUACUUGGGACUUGAUGGAAUUGUGGAGAGGAUAAAGCAUGCCUGUCUACUGAGUCAACGGUUACAAGAAAGCUUGAAGAAAGUGAACCACAUUAAAAUCUUGGUGGAAGAUGAGCUCAGUUCUCCAGUAGUGGUGUUCAGAUUUUUUCAGGAAUUACCAGGCUCAGCAUCAGAUCCAUCACUUAAAGCUGUGCCCAGUAUGGCUCCUCCAGCAGUGAGCCAGGAGAGAAACUCGUGUGAUGCACUGAAUCGCUGGCUGGGAGAACAGCUAAAACAGCUGGUACCUGCAGGUGGUCUCACUGUCAUGGACCUAGAGGUGGAGGGCAUGUGUGUGCGGUUCAGCCCUUUGAUGACAGCAGCAGUUUUAGGAACUCGGGGAGAGGAUGUGGAUAAGCUGGUAGCCUGUAUAGAGAGCAAGCUACCAGUGCUGACCUGUACGCUGCAGCUGCGAGAGGAGUUCAAGCAGGAAGUGACAGCCACAGCAGGUCUCCUCUAUGUUGAUGACCCUAACUGGCCUGGAAUUGGGGUUGUCAGAUAUGAACAUGCUACUGAUAAUAAGAACAGCUUGAAAUUAGAUCCAGAAGGGGAAAAAAUCCAUGCUGGACUCCUGAAAAAGUUAAAUGAACUGGAAUCUGACCUUACAUUUAAAAUGGGCCCUGAGUAUAAAAGUAUGAAAAGCUGCAUUUACAUCGGCAUGGCAAGUGACGAAGUAGAUAUUUCAGAACUAGUGGAGACUAUUGCAGUCACGGCCCGAGAAAUUGAGGAAAACUCAAGGCUUCUGGAAAACAUGACUGAAGUCGUUCGGAAAGGAAUUCAGGAAGCUCAGGUUCAGCUGCAAAAAGCAAAUGAGGAGCGACUUCUGGAAGAGGGGGUGUUACGCCAGAUCCCUGUAGUAGGAUCCGUGCUGAAUUGGUUUUCUCCAGUACAGGCUUCACAGAAGGGAAGAACUUUUAACUUAACAGCAGGCUCUCUGGAGUCCACAGAACACACUUAUGUCUACAAAGUUCAAGGGUCAGGAGUGACACCGCCACCAACCCCCUCAGGCGCUCGCACUAAACUGAGGCUACCAGGCCAGAAACCCUUUAAAAAAUCCUUGAGAGGGUCAGAUGCUAUGAGUGAGACCAGCUCAGUCAGCCACACUGAAGACCUGGAGAAGGAACACCCUGGUGGGCCAGAGCAAGAUGCCUUGGAGGUUAAUGACCCCAAAGCCUCUCAGGAAGUCAAGCAGAUCGGAGCCCUUCAGAAUGGGGCCCAACACCAAGAAGUUGAAAACCCACAGGUAGAAGAACUGGAGAGCUUAAGAUAGAAGUCAGUGUUUGCUUUCAGACUGUUUCAGGGAAGAUGGCAGUUAUAUUGAAAAUGUAAACUGUGCCACAUGAUAACAGAAAUUACCAUUAUUUGUGCUUUACUGGAACAUUUGCACAAAUGUGUGCCUGAAAGCCAGGCCUUAUAGGGGGAACCGAAUUGUCUAAUGCUAUGCUAUGGGUAUGUAGACCAACAACUUUUUGUUUCUGUCUGCCCAAUUGUAGUAAUACCAUUUUCUCCACAAGUUACCAUAAACACUUUUUUUUUUCCACAAAGAACACUUGAAAUCUCAAGUGCUGCCAUUUGAAAUACUUGCUCUUAUCUUUGUAAAUGCCAGUGUAAGAAGUUAGUAGUUUGCACAAGAAAACAAGACAACUUUCAGAACUCUCCGGGUCCCUGUGGUACUGCUGCAGAGGAAAGAUAGCUUCCUGUCUGUAUUUCAGUCAGUAUAUAAUCAGGUUGCAAUAUACAAUUGAGUGUGUUGAACUUGAAGGAGAAUGGGCUUCAGUGGGAUUACAAAUCACUGUCAGAAACCCUCUCUGCCAUCCCCUACUGUUGCUUUCCCUGGAGAUUUAAGUAAGGACUGUGUCCACUGGAGCUGUGGUAGGUUUAUUAAGCAAGUUAGAGUGGGCAGUGCUUCUCUCUGUGACUUUCCUCUGCCACAAAUUCAUUUUCCCCUUUAUAUAAUAUUUGUAAACAAAUUAAAGAACUCAUCUAUUAAGAGUGACUGUAGACUCUUCUUGACCAUGUAUGUAGAUAUGUGUGUGUGUAUUUUAAAUACUGGUAAAUGCUUUUAAAUUGGCACACUGUGCAUAUUUCUACAUUUAAUAUACAAUAGAUGCUACCUUUAAGAGCCGAAUAUUAAAUAUACUGUGUAGCACCUACCUGAAUUUAAUUCUAAAAUAACUGUAUACUUUUGACUUGUUCUACAUGAAAGCUUCUAUAGCUUCAAUUCUGUUCACAACUCUCACGCUCGGCCAACUCAAAAAUAAGAACCAGAAAGUAAUCUUUCUCAGGCUUAUCAAACCAGAUUACUGCUGAAGUGGACCCUUACUUACUGCCCACUUCUACUUUUCAAAAAGUCCUGCAUAGUUUUGUUCAUUAGUAAUGACCCCAUGUCUUGAGUCUAGCUAUGGGAGACCAGGAGAUAGUAGAGGGGUACAACUGGAUCUGUGGGCUGCAGGAAUGGAAGCCUUAGUUAUACCACAUUAAGCCUAUAUAAUUACACUCUGAUUUGUUGUGAUUGCUGAUGUUUGGCACUUGUCAAAAUGCAGUUUUCCUUUGAUGGGGGUGGGUACAGAUGAUUAAAAAAAGACUUCCCUGUUUAAUUGGUGCAAUGACGUAUAGCAAAUAAAAUGGGGGAGGGAAAUUAUCGCCUUUAACAGAUUAAUUUUUAAAUGUUUUUAUAUAUAUAUAUUUGGAAUUGUUAAAUUGGUUUUGCUGAAAUGGAAUUUCACCCUUGAGAUACUAUCUGAAUGUUGGUUUCAAUAAAGGUUCUUAAAGUUGUUA